AUGCCCCUCACGCCCUUCUACGUCCUGGCACUGGGUUCGAGGGCCGAGCUCGACCAGGUGGCAGAGCAGCGCCGACAGGCCGCCGACGAGCGCGAGAGCCUGACCCGUCGCAUCCGCCAGCUGCAGUCGGAGGCGAACGAACUGCGGGGCCUCCUGGACGCGGAGAGAGAGCCAAGACGAGCGGACGAUGCUCCAGAGCUUCGAGGACGUUGUGGCCGAGCGGGACGCGCUGCGGGCCGCGCUGCAGCAGCUGCAGUCUGGCGAGGAGAGUUCAGGCUGCAGGAGAUCAGCAAGCUGAUCACGGAGGUGUCCACAUUGAAGGAGGCGAACCAGGAGGCGCUCCGCGACCUCGACGACGCCCGCUGCGAGAGCGCGGCGCUGCGCGCGCAGCUCAAAGACCAGGGCCGGCGCGCCGACGCGUCCGAGGGGCACGCGGCCGACUUGCAGGCGGUGCUGGCGAGGCUCUCGGACGAGCCCGCCCAGACGCGCCCGGCCGCCGCGGCGCCGCGCGUCGUCCCCCGCACCAUGGCGGAGGCGGACCCCGCGCUGCUGCCCGAGAGCCGCGCGCUGCUGGGCGGCAACGGCCGGCCCCGGCAGCCGCCGAGCCUGGCCGGGUCCGACGCGGCCGGCGCCCCGCCGCCGCCGCAGCCGCAGGAGGAGGCCGCGGCUUGGGCGGCCCUUGCGGACGGGCGCCCCGUGCUGAGGCUGAAGGGUGGCGACGGCAGCUGGCAGGCCUCGGCCGCACGUAAUUAUCAUGCCUCUUCCUCCGCCGUCUCUGCGCCGCCGCCGCCCGCUGCUGUUGCGCCAUGUUGCACUUCCGCAGCUACUUUGUUUCAACGGGGAGCAAGCUGGCACCGCGAGCUGGCUGCACGCGCGCAAAAGAAAAGAGCUCGUCGGGUCGUCGUCGUGCCGCC